CUGCGAAUUCUUGGGCUUUUAUUAUGUCGAGUUCUCUGGCGCUGGUUUCCGGUUACUCAAACACAGCAGCAGCAUGGGACCAGGAGCGAAGAUAAACAGACCCAAAACUGAACUCGCCAAGAAUCUGUUCAAGAGACGCAGAGUUCUGAGUCUAGAGAAGAGACGGAAGAAGAGGAUCGUAGGAGCCGUGAUCGACCGAGACAUCAUCACCAAACACCACCUGAAGAAGAGGAGCUCCAGCUCCAGAGCUAACAUCACUCUCUCGGGGAAGAAGAGGAGGAAGCUGAUCAAGCAGCUGGCACACAUGGAGCGAGAGAAGAUCGCGGAGGAAGCGGAGACGCAGAAGAAACUCCCGGCUCCUGCCACAAACAAACCCAAGAGAACCAGAAGAAGAAGAAGAGCAAAGAAACAGACAGAAAUGAUGGAUGUGGAGUAGAGCAGAUCACAGUGCCUGGUGUACAUCUGUUACUACACCUGUGUGUGUGUGUGUGUGUGUGUUGAAAAAAAGAAUAAACUUUGUGUAAGAUUAA